AUGCAAGACCUGGCCACGCGACAUCAGGACUUCCAGAGGGAAUGCCUCCACCAGCUGGCCGCGGCACUGCCCCGGCCUGCGGAGCCCCAGCCGGCGGGCUCCGAGGGGGCACCGCGGCCGAACCCACCCAUCCGGUUGACCAAGACGAGCCCCAGUGACGACCCAGAGGCCUUCCUGGUAACGUUCGAGCGGGUCGCCGUCAUCGCGGGGUGGGCUCCGCACCAGUGGGCGUCCCUCUUGGCCCCGUACUUGACUGGGACCACCCAGACGGUCUAUCGGGGCCUGUCUACGGAUGCCACCCAAGAUUACCGCCAAGUAAAAGCGGCAAUUCUGGACGCCCUGGACGUGAGCCCGGAGACCUUCCACCAGCGGAUUAGGGGCUUGACCUACCCCACCGGGGGCCGGCCCUGGAUGGUGGCCCAGGAACUAAGGGAGACAUGUAAACGGUGGCUGCAACCUGAGACCCGAAUGCCGGAGGAACUCACGGAGCAAAUAGUGUUGGAACAGUUCCUCCAUAUACUCCCGCCACGGGGGAGAGCCUGGGUCCUCCGUCAUCGGCCCUCGACGCUGGCGACGGCCGUCUCCUUAAUGGAGAACUUUUUGGCGGCGGAGGCGGCCAUGGCCCCGACCCCGUGA